AUGUGGAUCCAGUGGUUCAGAUGGAUAGGCAUAAACCUGACGAACUGCAAGUAUGAGAGCGUGCGGCGAGCGACCCGGGUCCUAGGCUUGAGGGAGGUCGGUGACGAUGAGGAUUGGACGGUCUACUGGACAGAUUACUCUGUCUCCAUGGAGCGGGUUGUAGAAAUGAAGAGGUACCAGAAAAUCAACCAUUUCCCGGGGAUGAGUGAGAUUUGCCGAAAGGACCUUCUGGCCAGGAAUAUGAACCGGAUGUUGAAGCUUUUCCAUAAAGACUACAACAUCUUCCCACAGACCUGGUGCCUGCCCGCAGAUUAUGUCGAAUUCCAAGCCUACCAGCGAAGCAGGAAGAACAAGACGUUCAUCUGUAAGCCGGACAGCGGCUGCCAGGGCAAAGGCAUCUUCAUCACCCGCAAUCCCCGGGACAUCCGGCCAGGAGAGCACAUCAUCUGUCAGCAGUACAUCUCCAAGCCCUUCAUCGUUGACGGCUUCAAGUUGGACCUGCGGUUGUACGUGCUGGUGACCUCAUGUGACCCCCUGCGUGUGUUCCUGUACCAGGAGGGGCUGGUGCGCUUUGCAACAUCCAGGUACAGCCAGCCCAACAGCAGCAACCUGAAUGAUGUGUGCAUGCAUCUGACUAACUACGCCAUCAACAAACACAGUGACAACUUCAUCCGGGACGAGGAGACCGGCAGCAAGAGGAAGCUGUCGACAUUUAAGAUGUGGCUGGAGGAGUGUGGCUAUGAUGUGGAAAAGCUGUGGGGGGAGCUGGAGGAUGUGGUAAUCAAGACCCUGAUCUCUGCUCACCCCACCCUCAAACACAACUACCACACCGGCUUCCCCAACCAGCUGGGACCCAGCGCCUGUUUUGAGAUCCUGGGCUUCGACAUCCUGCUGGACUGCAAGCUCAAGCCCUGGCUGCUCGAGGUGAAUCACUCCCCCAGCUUCACCACAGACUCUCAGCUGGACCAGGAUGUGAAGGAGGCUCUGCUCAUCGACACUCUCACCCUGCUCAACCUGGGUGCCGCUGACCGCAGGAGGAUCCUGGAGGAGGACAGGCAAAUGGUUAAAGAGCGGCUGCUACAGAGACAGAGACUGGCCCGCGAGUCACGGAGGGAGCUGUUCCUCAGCACUCAGGCCUCCUUGUUGGCUCAGGCAGAGAAGCACGAGGAAGAGCACUGUGGGGGAUUCUGCAAGAUCUUUCCCCGGGAGGAUUCUGAGAAAUACGCAGAGUACUUUAAGCAGAGCUGCACCCUCUUCCAGGAAACGGUGUCUUCCAAAGCCAGGGAGGAGUGCGCCAGGAAGCAGCUGGAGGAGCUGCGCCUGAAGCAGGAGCUGGAGGGCCGGCCGGCUGGCUCAGGCAGAGGAGGGGGCAGGGUGAAGCACAGGGGGCUGCAGGGGGAAUCAGUGGGGGAGAGAGCUCUGCUCUGCCACCACACCACCAUCCCAGUGCAUACGAGCAUGGUGCGCUACACAAGAAGGACAUGGGUUAGCUCCUGGCAGCCGGUAGAUAUUGUGCCGGAGGAGGAAGCUGAGAGACUGCGUGGUCUGGAGCUGCGGGAGAACCUGGUGCGGGGGAUGGGGGUAGCGGAGCUGCUCUACUUCCUUCUGGGGAACAGAGCCCAGGGGCAGGACACACACCCCUGGCAGGCUACUGCUCUCCAGCAAUACCAUCACAGAUGCAUUGACAAAGAGAAGGAGUCCCCGCAGUGUUCAGGAUUCUCUUCUCUCUUCAGAGUGCGAGCCCUCAGCCCCCUCUCCAGGAGCCCUGCCCACACCCAUGUCCAGCUCCGCCCCCUGGCCAAUAUAACUCGCUCCCUCCUCGACACACCCAGACAAGGCCCCCUCAUGCUAUGUGCCCUGGGCAGGCCUUGCCGGCAGGGAGUGCGGAGACCCAUCCCCUGGACCAAAGGGAGGGACCCGAGCCUCCUGCCCAUAGGCUUGAGAGGAGUGGGGCUCCCUAUGCAACUGCAGAAAGCCAGCCAAAACGGGAGCCAUCAGGCUGGCUCUGUUGGAAAGGGGCUCAAUCACAGCCCUCCCAGUUUCUCCAGUUCUCAGGCCAAUUUCUCUGGUGCGUUGCCGAGAUUCCCUGGCUUCUGCUGUACUGGCCUCUAUGGUCCUGCAGGGGGUAGCCUCGCUGCCACGAAGCCGGGCCCUCGCUUCGACCUCUUCCAGCGCUCUGCCAGUCUGGGAUCACUACAGCCUGAGCUGGCAAGGGCCUCUUUCGGUGUGUGUUCAAACCACACGAAGGCUCAGCUGAGCAGGGAGCGGGACGGCUGUUUCAGGAUGAAGCCCCAGGAGGAGAGAGGGAGCAGCUGUGAAAGAGGCUGCUGAAGACAGCCAGCACUCCUUUAGAGCACUUUCCUCCCUAAUGGCACUGUCUGUAAAGCUAUGAAUAGUAGUAUUACCACACAUUUGUUUUUUAAAUGAUGUUAAAAUAAAGCUUGUUUAUAAAGUGU